CAAGCGCUGGCCCAGAGGUUGAUCAAACGCAAGUUUCCGCCCUCGAAAUCCGAUGAAUAUUAUCCAGCGUUGCUGAAAAUGUGUAUUAUACGUGGACGCUUGAGCCAACACCUCGACACCGAGACAGCCCAUGGCGACAAUGACCACUGCUGAUUUCGAACGUCUCGGGGUUGGCCCCAGGUCAACUCAAGCGAGCUCUGAACGCUACCAACGCGCCACAACGGAGCAUUCCGACCAGGUGGUUCAUGCCAACGUCCAGUAGAGCACCGCCGCAUAUGAUUGGUCGAUGCACUUCAAUUUGCGCUGUUCAGUGCCCACUCACAAAAGAUAACGACCCGGACACUUUGGAAGGAUAGAAAAUAGUCGUCAGAAUUGGCACGGCAAUACGUAACCGAAUCGAGGACGGAAAUCCGAUCAGGGCCUUUAGACGUUUUAUUGGUUCAUGAGACCAACGAGCGCGAGCCUAUGCAACAUUGUAGUCGAGAACCGAGGACGCCGCCCUCACCGCCAAAGGUGCGUCAGGUGAACUGCCAGCGAGCGCGGCGACGGAGAUUUUCUGUAAUGGCUUGGUAGGCCACGAACUAGGGUCCGUUUCGGGGGUAUUGAAGGGUAGGAUAAUCUCUUGAUCUUCUUCUUUCCCAGGAAAUCCGAGGGUUCCAUGAAGGGCGUUGGGUAGACGUGCCGCUUCUGAUGUUCGGCGCCUUCAAGGCGAACUAUGCUAGCAUGCAUGACGCCAUUGCUUUAGCCCUGACGAAGGCGCUUACGUGCCGCUUUUGUGUUCAGCUGCGCGACUAGAGGUGGUCACUAACAGCGACCUCGUCUCCAGGAACUGAGUCAGCUCGUGAUGAAUCCGCUUCAACCGAUUGCAUCAAUAGUUUUGAUUGAUUCAAUACUACUUAAACGCAUGCCUAUGUAAACUGCAGUAUCAAUAAGCGCUUGAGAUCCAUGCUGUUACUCUGCUAGUAGUGUUGUCAGGAGAGUCUUCCCAGCUGGUGAGUCUUCCGAGCUUACGUUUUGCUCUUCGGAUCAGUCCAGCGAAUUCUAGCGACAACGGGAGAACAACGCAGUCGCCGCCGAUGUUGGUGCUUUGGCCCAAUUCAUCGACGCGAACUCCAACGGUGGAAAAUGACGUCCAUGUUUAAGGAACAACCUCGUUUCAUGCCGCGGAAGCUCACUGACAAAGUAACAUACUUUGUCUACAGUUUUAUUUGGUAAUUUCUAAGCAGACAAUACAAAUUACUUCACAUGGC